GUAAUCAGAGUCGCCUGCGAGCCGAGGAGUUGGGCCUCAUGUUGGACGACGAGUCUUCCGGCGUGCUGGCUCGGAUGCCGCUGCGGUCGGCUAUGCAGCUGCUGGAGGGGGCUGCAGAAGCAAGGCGGAAUGGCGAGGACCCCAUCCUCUACAUUCACGAGAACAGUGGUCAGGUCACAGGCAACGGAGUUGGCGAAGCAGACAAGCGGAUGAGAUUUGGCUAG